AUGGCCGGCCAAGAGUCCUUCCGGUCCAUGCCGUCUCUGGACGACUUCUCGGACUUGACGGGCCCGUCCUCGGAGCGCCCGAGGGCCAGGCAGGACAAGGCCCCCAAGAAGCGGGAUGCUGGCGACAGGGAGCAGAAGCCACAGCCACAGAGCAAGUCCUCUGGCGCUUCCAAGCCGAGGAAGCAAUUCUUCGGGUGUCGCGCUGCUCCUUCCGCGCCUCCUUCAGGCCCGACGGUGCGAAGGCGAUGCCCCUCCUACGAACCGGACCCUCAGCUCGCGCUCAAGCGCCAGCGCGACCUCCUCUCCGACAGCGAGGACUCCGACUCCGGCGAUUGCCCCCGCAGGCAGGGCACGAAGGUCCCGAAGGGCCUCGCUCUCCCCAAAGCGAAGGGCGCUGACCCACCUAAGGGCGCCUGCGGUGCGUCCAAAGCAUCGGUCGAGGGCCUGUCGAAGGGCAGCCUCCCCGCGGAGUCCCACGGCGGCCAGCAGGACGGGGACAAGAAGCGGGAUGCCAGCGCCCGGCGGGACAGGAAGAGGGAGAGGAAGGCGCGCAGGGAGCAGAAGCUAUUGGAUAAGUCCUCUGGCGGUUCAAGCAAGGCGUCCCAAAGCCAGGCCUCCGCCUUCAGGUCCAUGCCGUCUCUGGAACGACUUCUCGGACUCCUUCGGCGGCCGGACCGAAGAGCGCUGACGGCGGCGCCGACGAGACCGAUCUCCUCGGACAGGAGGCUGCGGCCCCGGGAAGCGCCGUCUCUCCGUUUCUUCUCUACAUGUGUGCAAUAA